AUGGGUAUGGGCAAAGGAGUUGCAAUAUCAAACAUACAUCCAAGAAUAAGACUGAGAGAUAUAGUGGAAAUGUUCGGUGUGUUUGACAAGGUAGUUGGGUUCCGGCCAUACAAGGAUGGAUUUGUCUUGAAGUUUGAAUCCUUUCCAGAAAAGUCCCUAGCUAUGGACAACUUUCCCUUGGCACGCAGAAGAAUGAAGGUUAACAUGAUAGACUGGAAUGAUGGAUAUGACACUUUUGAGAAGGGAAACAUUGUUGUGUUUGAGUCUUGCUUUGACGUGGAUGAAAUAAGAGACGAAUGCUGUAUGUUUGGGUGUGUAACUGAAGUAUUAAGAAGAGAUGGCUCCAUAUAUGUCAUCUGUAAUUCCACUGAAGAUGGAGAGAAUAUAUUCAUGAAUAUGUAUGGAAGAUACUACAACAAGGAAAGAAUAAGAUGCCGCAUGGCGAACGAAAAGACACCUCUUAUGAACGAAUAA